AUGCCCCUGCCGGCCGGUGGCCAUGGCAGGUCAGCCUCCGACUGCACAGCAAGGCGCUUGAGCAGUGGCAGCAUGUGGGGGGGCUCUCAUCCACCUCCAGUGGGUGCUGACCGCUGCCCACUGCACUGGACGGGUCCAAAGGUGAAGCAGAUCAUCCGACACCCCAAGUUCAACUACAGCCUGUCUGCUGAGGGGGGCGGGGACAUCGCCCUGCUGAGACUGGAGGCCCCUGUGGUGCUCUCCCAUCACAUCCACGUGGUCUCACUCCCGCCUGCCUCACUGAGGGUCCCAGAGAGGAAGAUGUGCUGGGGCUGGGGCUACAUCAGACUCGGCGUGCCACUGCCCCCGCCCUACCACCUGCAGGAGGUGGAGGUGCCCAUCAUGGGGAACGAAGUCUGUAACCAGCGCCAUCAGAACUCUUCUGCAGACACCACCAACCAGAUCAUCCAGGACGACAUGCUGCGCGCAGGGAGCGAGGGCCGGGACUCCUGCCAGGGGCCCCCCUUGUGCAGCUAUUGCACCUGGGUCCAGGUGGGGGUUGUCAGCUGCAGCCGCCGGUGUGGUCUUCAGGACUUCCCUGGGGUAUACACCCAGGUGACGAGCUACGUGUCCUGGUUCCGCCAGCACGUCCCUCUGUCCCCCGGGCCCUAG